CCCCUCCCUUCUGGUUGGAGUACAACAGUGUUGCACAAGCAAAAGAGCAAUAAAAACACAAGAGAGAGGCAAAAAGGAAAGGCGGACAGAAGAGCACAGAGAGGGAAGAGAGAGGAGAAAGGGAGGAAGCAGCCAAGAUGGGUCCUGCCUUGGAGGAGAAGAAGAAGAAGGAAGGGAAGCAGGAGCAGCUCUGGCCUGAAGGAUCCGGAUUGGAAGAGAGAGAGAGGAGGGAGAGAGAGAGAGAGAGGAGGCAGAGGCAGCAGCAGCAGCAACAGCGAGCGCGAUGGAGGCGGGGGAAAGCCGCGCCAGCUCUCUCUGCGGGGACGGGAGCGAGGAGUCCACGCCCGGGGCCAGCGCUGCAGAGCUGGCGUGCAGUCAACCCGCGCUCCUCCGGAAACAACGAGCCUCUCUCUGCUGCCUUUUCCCCGAGAAGCAGAGUGACGGUUGAUUGGCGCCACCGUGAAGGGGGAAGAGAGGGAGUUGGAAGGGGGAGACCCAGGAGGUGUCACCCUAGGGUCUGAGAAGUGGAGGAUGAACGGAGAAGCGGACAGUCCAACCGAAUUAGACAUGACAGCCCCUAAGAAUCAAGACCGUUGGACCCAGGAAGAUAUGCUGACCCUCUUGGAGUGCAUGAAGAACAAUUUGCCCUCCAAUGAUGGCGGCAAGUUCAAAACCACUGAAUCCCACCUGGAUUGGGACAAAGUUGCUUUCAAGGACUUCUCCGGCGAGAUGUGCAGGUUGAAAUGGAUUGAGAUCUCUACUGAGGUAAGGAAGUAUCGAACCCUGACAGAACUGAUAAUGGAUGCUGAAGAGCAUGUAAAAAAUCCCUACAAGGGCAAAAAGCUGAAGAAACAUCCCGACUUCCCCAAGAAACCUUUGACCCCAUACUUCCGUUUCUUCAUGGAGAAGCGAGCAAAGUAUGCAAAACUGCAUCCAGAAAUGAGUAACCUGGAUCUUACCAAGAUACUUUCCAAAAAGUAUAAGGAGCUCCCUGACAAGAAAAAGAUGAAGUAUAUCCAGGACUUCCAGCGAGAGAAACAAGACUUUGAGCGAAAUUUGGCAAGAUUUAGGGAAGACCACCCUGACCUCAUACAGAAUGCCAAGAAAAAUGACAUCCCAGAGAAACCCAAGACUCCCCAGCAGCUCUGGUACACCCAUGAGAAGAAGAUAUACCUGAAAAUGCACCCUGAUGCCACCACGAAGGAAGUGAAGGAUUCGUUGGGCAAGCAAUGGUCUCAGCUCUCGGACAAAAAAAGGCUGAAAUGGAUUCAUAAGGCUCUGGAGCAGCGGAAGGAGUAUGAGGAAAUGAUGCGAGAUUAUAUUCAGAAGCAUCCAGAGAUGAACAUUGAGGAAGGGGCGCCACCCCGUUCUACCCUGACUAAAGCCGAGAGGCAGUUGAAAGACAAGUUUGAUGGGCGACCCACCAAGCCCCCUCCGAAUAGUUACUCGCUGUACUGUGCUGAGCUGAUGGCAAACAUGAAAGAUGUCCCGAGCACAGAACGGAUGGUGCUCUGCAGUCAGCAAUGGAAGCUGCUUUCCCAAAAGGAGAAAGAUGCCUACCACAAGAAGUGUGAUCAGAGGAAGAAAGAUUAUGAAAUUGAACUUUUGCGUUUCCUGGAGAGCUUACCUGAAGAGGAACAGCAGAGGGUUCUGGGAGAGGAAAAGAUGCUGGGAGUAAACAAGAAAGUUGCCACCAGUCCUGCCUCCAAGAAGCCCUCACCAGAUGCCAGCAAGGGAGGUUCUGAGAAACCCAAACGGCCCGUUUCUGCUAUGUUUAUCUUCUCGGAGGAGAAACGCAAGCAGCUGCAGGAAGAGCGACCUGAACUGUCGGAGAAUGAACUGACCCGGCUGCUGGCACGGAUGUGGAAUGACCUUUCAGAGAAAAAAAAGGCCAAGUACAAAGCUCGUGAGACUGCCAUGAAAGCUCAGACAGAGAAGAAGCAUGGUUCCGACAAAGAAGAUCGAGGCAAGCUUCCAGAGACACCCAAGACAGCUGAAGAGAUUUGGCAGCAAAGUAUUAUCGGCGAUUAUCUUGCUCGCUUCAAGAACGACCGGGGGAAAGCACUAAAAGCCAUGGAGGCCACAUGGAACAACAUGGAGAAAAAAGAGAAGCUGAUGUGGAUCAAGAAAGCUGCUGAAGAUCAGAAACGAUAUGAUCGAGAAUUGAUUGAGAUGAGGGCACCACCACCUUCAACAAAUGCCUCCAAGAAGAUGAAGUUCCAGGGUGAGCCCAAGAAACCCCCCAUGAAUGGGUAUCAGAAGUUUUCUCAGGAGCUGCUUUCAAACGGCGAACUGAACCACCUUCCUCUGAAGGAGAGGAUGGUGGAGAUUGGGAGCCGCUGGCAGCGCAUCUCACAGGGUCAAAAGGAGCAGUACAAGAAGUUGGCUGAGGAACAGCAGAAACAGUACAAAGUGCAGCUGGAAAUGUGGAUGAAGAGCUUGUCACCACAAGAGAAAGCUGCAUACAAAGAACACAUCUCCAGUAAACGCAAGAAUAUGGGAAAGAUGCGUGGCCCAAACCCUAAAAUGAAACCUUCAAUACAGUCCAAAUCUGAAUCAGAGGAUGAAGAUGAUGAUGACGACGAUGACGAUGACGAUGAAGAGGAAGAUGAGGAUGAGGAUGACAAUGGUGACUCUUCCGAGGAGGGAGGAGAUUCCUCUGAUUCAAGCAGUGAAGAGGAGAGUGAAGAUGGAGAUGAGAACGAAGAAGAAGAUGAUGAAGAAGAUGAGGACGACGACGACGACGACAACGAAUCAGAGGGAAGCAGCAGUUCUUCCUCCUCCUCGGGAGACUCUUCAGAUUCGGACUCCAAUUGAACCGUCCCCUUCCUACGGCCGCCUUUCUUGCUCUACUCUAUUCGGUUUUAUUUUUUCCGGAUAACA